AUGUUUAGGCUAGAGUAUGCAUUAGCAUUGCUUUUAAAGACAAGUUUGAUUGCUAUGACCAUGUGGUCUCCUUCUAAACUAUCUUCAAGAGAACUAGCUGAGAUUGAGAUUGACAAUAGGGGCCUCCAAGGGCAACUAUCCCUGGAGGCACCUAGUUUUCUGCACUACUUGCUAUAUGUCUACUUCCUCUACAAUAGGUCCAUGGAAGUAGCUCCAAAGUUAGAGGCUGAAUCAGAGGGGCAAAUAGUGGGAGUAAACAUGGUGGUACUAACCAUGUCAUCUAGUUUGCUAGGGACCUUCACCAUUUCAUCAAAUCCAGUAUCAGGGGCUAAGCAGCAGAAGGUGGCAAUGAAGGUCAAAAAAGGAGAGGGCAUUGAUCAGUUGAUCACUCAAGGCCUGGAUCUUUAUGGCAGAGAUGCAUUCUCAUUCUUCAACUUGCUUAGCAACUACAAUGGCUUGAUUGCAUUCAAUGGUCUUCUAAAACCAACUGGACAAACUGUUCCAGGGUGA